UGAAGGUUAGCAGUCUCGGAUGGGUUCAUAGAAAGUUCACUCGCAUAUAUUAGGCAAUUCAAUCUUUCAUUCUCUGUGAACAAACUAGAAUGAAAUGAGCUGCAUGGAGGCAGGAUAACCCAUUCGUCAUCCGAACGGGGAGAUAUGGAUUAAAAACGCGAUCUGUAAUAUUGAUAAGAACAUAUUUUCAGUAGGGCGGGCUCGAGCGAGGAGCUUGUUAAGCGCACUGGACCGGGCUGUGCAAAAAAUAAAGUAUAUACACGUUGGAACGUUGCGGAGGUGACUGACUGUCUGACACACGUUGGAACGUUACGGAGGUGACUGAUUGGCUGACACGCGUUGGAACGUUACGUAGGUGACUGACUGUCUUACACCUUUUCGUCUCAACAACCGGACACCAGAGGAAAAUGGCAAAUCAUCAUUUGGGUCAAUUACAAGUUUUUAGUGGUGUUGUCUGUCAUAAUUCAUGACAUAGUCUGGGAAGAAGACCAAUAUUUUACGUGCCAUAAAGGGGCAGACUUUGAUGGAGUUGUGUGCAUUUAUGUUCGCGAUUAUUAUCCACACCUAAAUUAUAUUUAAAGGGAUACAAUAACAGGCAGACUUUUGCGACUAAGGGAAAUCAUGUUUGAUUGUAUGGAUUUGCUAGCGGUGAGCCCGGGACAAAUGUUGGAUUUCUACACUUCGAGUCCCUCUUCGUGCAUGCUACAAGAGAAGGCACUGAAAGCGUGCUUCGGCGGGCUCGCUCAGAGAGACUGGCAACACCGCCGGAGCGCACAUUCCAUCGAGACCCAGAGCACCAGUUCUGAGGAGCUGGUCCCAAGUCCCCCGUCCCCCCUGGCCCCGCCCCGCGUCUACAAGCCCUGCUUCGUGUGCCAGGACAAGUCCUCGGGGUACCACUAUGGUGUCAGCGCCUGCGAGGGCUGCAAGGGUUUUUUCCGUAGAUCCAUCCAGAAGAACAUGGUGUACACGUGUCACCGGGACAAGAACUGCAUCAUCAACAAGGUGACCAGGAACCGCUGUCAGUACUGCCGGCUCCAGAAGUGCUUUGGCGUGGGCAUGUCCAAAGAGUCUGUCCGGAACGACCGCAAUAAGAAGAAGAAGGAGAGUCCCAAGCCAGAGCUGACCGAAAACUAUGAGCUGAGUGCAGAACAAGAGGCCAUCAUAGAGAAGAUACGCAAGGCUCAUCAGGAGACCUUCCCAUCGCUCUGCCAGCUGGGGAAAUACACCACGAAGUCGAGUGCAGAACAACGUGUGAGGCUGGACCUGGGGCUGUGGGAUAAGUUCAGUGAGCUGGCUACUAAGUGCAUUAUAAAGAUCGUGGAGUUUGCCAAACGAGUGCCUGGCUUCACAGGACUCACCAUAGCUGACCAGAUCACGCUGCUUAAAGCUGCCUGCCUUGACAUACUGAUUCUACGUAUCUGUACGAGGUACACUCCGGACCAGGACACCAUGACGUUCUCAGACGGACUGACCCUUAACCGGACCCAGAUGCACAACGCAGGCUUCGGCCCGCUCACCGACCUGGUGUUCACCUUCGCCCACCAGCUGCUGCCCAUGGAGAUGGACGACACAGAGACAGGCCUGCUCAGCGCCAUCUGCCUCAUCUCUGGAGACCGGCAGGACCUGGAGGAGCCCUCUAAGGUAGACCAGCUCCAGGAGCCUCUACUGGAAGCUCUGAAGAUCUACGUGAGGAAGAGGAGGCCCAGCAAGCCACACAUGUUCCCCAAGACCCUGAUGAAGAUCACUGACCUCCGCAGCAUCAGCGCCAAAGGUGCGGAGCGGGUCAUCUCGCUGAAGAUGGAGAUCCCUGGGUCCAUGCCUCCUCUGAUCCAGGAGAUGCUGGAGAACUCAGAGGGCCAAGAUGGCCAGAGCAGCACCGAGGGCGAGGAAAGAAGCAGCUCCAAGAAGGGAAUCCCUAAGGGGGGUAAACCCUGCCCUGUGUCCCCUGACCCUGACCCAGAUGCUUCAGACAGCGAUGGGCCCACAGCGGCCCCCAAGGAGGAGGAGGAAGAGGACCCCUAGGUCCCCGUUGGAACUCAGGGGCCUCUCAGACUGACACUCUCUCUCUCGCUGACAUUCCUUUGCAAAAAAAAACACACAAAAAAUGAAAAUAGGUAAACCGCACGGUGUACCAGGCAUAGUGGACCCCCCUCCUUCUCCCCUCUCCUCUCCUCCUCCCCUCAGGCCGUUGGUCCCUUAAUGAACCUCCACCACCUUUGCUUGUUCUUAUGUUAUCCUUUACGUUUGUUUUUUCCUUCUCUCUAUUUAUCACUUUAUUUUCCCUUCAAAAAUGACAACACUAAAACCUAAAAGGACCAGUGGUUGGUUUGUGUAUAAUUCUACAUUUAUUGAGCUCUUAUUUUGGCGUUGUGUCUUGGGGACUAGGGUGUGAUUGGUCGAGUUGGGUUUGACCUCGCCUGGCCACGCCCACUUACUUGUUGUACACAAAGGUCAUAGGUCAUCCUCCUCAGGUCUCCUGUAUAAAUUCAUCCCUGCAUGAUGGACUCGACAAGUUUAAUAAGUAGUUUUAAUCUCUCUCUCUCUCGGUCUCUCUCUCUCUGUCUGUCUCUCUCCCUCUCUGUCUGUCUCUCUGUCUCUGUCUCUCUCCCUCUCUGUCUCUCUCCCUCUGUCUCUCACCCUCUACUGUCUCUCUCUCUCUGUCUCUCUCCCUCUCUCUCGCUCUCUGUCUCUGUCUCUCUCUCUGUCUCUCUCCCUCUAUCUCUCUCUGUCUCUCUCUCUCUCUCUCUCUGUCUCUCUCCCUCUAUCGCUCUCUGUCUCUCUGUCUCUCUCUCUGUCUCUCUCUCUCUCUCUCUGUCUGUCUCUCUCUCUCUCUCUCCCUCUACUGGCUCUCUCCCUCUAUCUCUCUCUGUCUCUCUGUCUCUCUCUCUCUCUCUCUGUCUCUCUCUCUCUCUCUGGCUCUCUCUGUCUCUCUCCCUCUAUCUCUCUCUGUCUCUCUGUCUCUCUCUCUCCGUCUCUCUGUCUCUCUCCCUCUAUCUCUCUCUGUCUCUCUCUCUGUCUCUCUCCCUCUAUAGCUCUCUGUCUCUCUCUCUGUCUCUCUCUCUCUCUCUCUCUGUCUCUCUCUCUCCCUGUCUCUCUCUCUCUCUCUCUCUGUCUCUCUCUCUCCCUGUCUCUCUCUCCCUCUACUGGCUCUCUCCCUCUAUCUCUCUCUGUCUCUCUCUCUGGCUCUCUCUCUGUCUCUCUCCCUCUAUCUCUCUCUGUCUCUCUGUCUCUCUCCCUCUAUCUCUCUCUGUCUCUCUCUCUCUCCCUGUCUUUCUCCCUCUGUCUCUCACUCUGUCUCAUAUUGUUGGAAUACAUUGUAUAUAGCAUUGUUAGAAAUCUGUCUGUUUCUAUGAUGAAUUUUGUGGUGCUUUUUCCAUUAUUCUUAAAUAUUAUUGUUUGAUGCGAAACAGUACAUACAUGACAAAGUUCAAAGGGGGGCUAAAAUGUAAAAGUCGUUUACAAAAACAGUCAUAUAGACUGUUCUUGCAUAUAGACCGUAUGGAAGACUAAUACUUUAUAUUUGUUCCUCUAUUUAAAGCUGGUUUUUGUUUAGUCUUUUAUAACUCAUUAUGUUGACGUCUCCAUCAGUUUACAUUACAUCACCAUAAAGCCAGAGUGCUUAGAGGCGUGUCUCCCCUGUCAGUGGCUGCAUCUCUUCAGCCGCUUCCUCAGACUGUCGAGGCCAUAGAUAUACAAUGACUAGAUUGAAUCUAGAUAAACUAUUACCAGAUUGGAUCUGUCUAUCAUAGAUAACAGACUGUAAUUUAAUGUACAGGGCUUCUGAGAUUUUAUCAUUAAAUGACAUUCCCAGAGAGAAACCAAGCAGUCUUUACAAGCGACAUCUCUGGGGAAAGAUAAGGGUUAAGCGACUCUCUUUGACAAAGACUUUCCUUAACCCAAGCUUGUGCCACUGAGAAAUGUAGAUGUUUUAUUUUUAUGAAUUUGGUUAUACAUUUGAAGUUUCCUUGCAAUUCUCUUGAACAUUCUCCACAAUCUGUGCAGUGAAAUGCAUUCUUAUUACAGUGUUAAAAUGUAAAUGACUUCUCUUCUCUGAUUCAAUCUAGUAAUUGUGCAUUAAUGGCUGUCAGCAACUACAAGCGUCUGCGCAACACAAAAUGCACAUUGCGUUCUGGGCCAGGAUUACAAAGGAGUCCUGUAGGCCCAGAAUCACUACCUGCCCCUUCUUACAUACUUACAUUCAUAAGUGUCUUGUUUUGGAAGGAAACCACGGGGACAUUGCAAUCGUUAAAAUACAUAUUCAUGACCUAACCGCUCGGCCGGGAAGAUUGUACACUAGACUCUAGUAGCCACUGUGCAUUCUUAGUUCUAGUCCUACAGAGUGACUGACCGUUGCCUUGCCACAAGUCCUGUGCAUAACUACAGUGAUGCAAAGGAGAUUCUUUACAUGACCCUUAACCCCUGAGACGUGCAGUAAUUAUAGAUAGACAAGCUCGGGUAGCGUUCAUUUGGGUUGCAACAUCACAGAAUGUUUGGAUAUAAAUAUAUUAUGUAAACAUGCGCUUCUCUAUCAUGUAGAAUAGGGAAUCAUGUCAGCUCUAAAACAAGAAUAUAUUUUCCUGAACGUUGCAUCUCCUGAACCCAACCCUGCUUUGUGUUUUGGACGGCAGAUCCACUAGACAGCACUUUUUCUCAGGGAUGAGGAAUGAUGUCCCAUAUCGGCCACCGCCACAACAGCCUUUCUGAUCUUCUAAAUAUAUUCUUAGUAAAGCUGGUUUUCUUUAGAGCCAAAGGGCUAGAUUUAGUCCAUAGCACUGAAGAUCUGCGGUAUACCGCGAUUAAAAUGUAAAGGCAAUGUUCCCACUUUCGCGGAGACUGCAUUCACGGUAAACGCUGCAUAUGACUGCUCAAUCGGAAAUUACACUGUUCUUCAGCUCUAUGGAUUGGAUCGAACUCUAAAUCACAGAUACAAAUUUGGACACUAUUUAUAAAGUUAAUACCCUAGAAUCCACACUGAAUAUUGCUCUGUUCGUUUCACUGUUGUGAAGUGAAACAGUGAUAUUCAGUGUGGAAGCCAGGCUAUAGACAAUAUAAUUUAUUCAGAUGUUGACCAGUUACUCAACUAGCACGAAGGCAAUACUUCUCAUAGUACUUGUUUAAAACUUGAACGUGAAUUAUAUGUAGCCGGCAUAAUGUUAAGGGUGAUAGUAAUAAACAGUUCUUUAUCAUUCUUAAGGCUAAUAAUAAUUUGGCAUAAACUGUUAUGGGUGAUUAUUGAGUCACUCAUCUCAGAGGUAUAAAGAGUUUUUUUAUUCUGAAUAGAGGCAAACAUUUUACCACAAGGGAACAGAUGACCACUGUAGUCAGUCAGCUAGAAGGUUGGGGUCAAUUCCUGUUGGAUUAUUUCAGUUUGCUUCCUGAAUAGACUCAAUUGAUAUGGAAUUGACCCCAACCCUGGCUAGAACCUUUCAGAGCCAUCUCACACACACCCAUCUCCUCUCCUCCAUAUCACCACAUGUAAUACAUACAUAUCUUAAGGGGAAAACAAAACGGUCUCCGUUGUUUCAUGUUUGAAUGUGAAUAUGCCAUCCAGGCUUUACAUAGGAAUGAUAUGCAGUGUUAAAGGAAUAUUUACUUUAAAGCAGCGUUUUGUCAAAUUCAUUGCAUCUCAUUGUAUGUAUGACAAAAAAAUGAAUUGCCCUCUUUCCCUCUAAGGGAGAGAGGGAUGUAGUAGGGUAAAACAAUCCUGGUGGCUCAUCACAAGAGCAGUGUGGGUGAAUCUCAAGUCUUCCCUACAUUCCUCUCCCUUGAUGCCGCGCCUCCUUCUCAAAACGCAUUGGAGGAAAGGGUGCAGAACCUCAGAUCUUCUACAAUGUGUGUUGUUGAGGUGAGGAAUCGAGGAUGUGAUGAAUCACGGAAAGACUUCUGACAUUUACCCUGAGUGUCUUUGAAGUUGGAAAACUUAUUUCACAGCUGAAGAAUGUCUACAUCCAUCUCCCUAGUGACCUGAGCGCCACCUACAGGCACCAGGUGACACGGCAGGGAACUCAAUCCAUUCCACAAUGCUGAAUUUACAUUGGUUUCUGUUGAAUGUUGUACCGAUGUAACUGUUAAUAUUUACUACUAUCUCACUGCAGACUUGUCCAUGUAUUAGAUGGUGUGUGUGUGGUGUGCUUUAUGUCUCAACGAAUGGCAGCUUUAGGCUAUCUGACCUCUCAGAGCUUCAUCUCAUAGCCAGCCCUCUUGGGUAGCAGCUGCUCACCCCCACAUCAUUUAGGACCAAAUGGUCUCAGUACCUGAGCAUGGGUUCACAAUAGGGUUGCAAAAUUCCAGAAACCUUCCCCAAAUUCCUUUUUUUGGUGGGUGAGGGAUCAUGGUCAGAGGAUUUUCGUAAUCAAGAGGGAAUAAGCUAAAGGAAUUUCCAACGUGGAAUUCUUCAAUUUGUGAAAAGUUUCCAUAAUUUCGAAACCCUAGUUACCCCGAUGUCAUCACUGAUCAAACAGAGCUGCUUUCCCCUCUUCAGUUGGAAUGCCAAGCAGCUGUCACUAAAUCAAUCAACUGACAGAAAUUUGUUUAAGUCAAUAAACGGAAUAAGAUCAAUACAUGUACCGGAAGGGGGCAACGUACUGAACAUUGCAGAUAGAAAUACACUGAAUAGAUCUGGCACAACGAGUCCAUACUCUACAAGUCAGUGGUGUCUGUUCUAUGCAACAUAUUUCUAUAUGCAUGUUCCACCGCUGUGCCCUACAUUAUCCAACUAUCCAGUAGAAGCAUGACUGUGAACCUCAAAAAAAUUUACCUUCGAAAGCAACUUUGUUGUUAUGCCUGUUCAAAAAUGUUCAAAAGAUUAACAUUUACAAAUAAUGUAUAUGAUUGCCUUUUUCACCCCAUCGGUAUCAGAAAACCUCAUUGUCAUCAUAUGCAGUGUUGUAUAGUUAGUGUUAUUAUGAAGAGACAUGAUCAAAUUAUGGUUGAGUUUUCUUAACUUUGUCUUUCUGGAGGGUGGGCAGGGCAGCAGGGAGUUGUCAUGGUGAUUAUACAUUUACCCAGAACCUCCUGCUGGCCUGGUGGGAAGAGAAAGCAGGACGUCCUCAUAGGGAGCUUUACAGUGAGCUUCUAUCUUGUUUUCGUUUUCAAUAUUGUCUGUUUGUAUAUUAACAAUGCUUUAUAUGUUCAUAUACUGUUUAACUUUACCAUGAAAUGCCCUGGCAAAGUAAUAAAAAUAUAUUUAUUUUAAAAUACAUAA